AUGGAAACUGACUACCCAAUACCGCUAGAUGAAAACGGUGGAAGAAGGUCGGCCCGUGGACUUCAUAGUAAUACAUUCAGUGCUGAAAUUAUACAACGGCGACGAUCAACCUCUUUGUCGGAUGACUACUCGGUACAAAAAACAAAUGAUGAUGCUGCAGAAAGUAAAUAUGUUGCAGUCAAAAUGGGAUACUACAAUGAUGAGUUUCUACCAUAUGUACUUUCACUACCAAGCGACCACGUAAAUCGACGUGAUCCUGAAAUUUCACGUGGUUACUGGGCGAGAGUAACUGCUAUUCGUACACUCGUCGACAAGUUUAUACGGGCUGCUGGACCAACGUGUCAGCUAAUCAACAUUGGAGCCGGUUAUGAUACAUUAUAUUGGCGUUUAAAAAAAGAUUCCCUUCAGUUUGGGAAGUAUGUGGACGUAGAUUUCAGUUCCGUUACUGCUAAAAAAAUUCGUCAGAUCCACAAAAACAAGUCUCACUUGGCAUCCUUUUUCUCUGAAACUCCUAAGGAGGCGCAACAUGCAGAUUUCCUUGCUGGGGAUUAUUGCUUAAUUGGUGCUGAUGUUAGACAAAAACAAGAAUUAAAGUCGAAAUUUGAAACUGCUGCAGUUGAUUUCAAAGCUCCUACUUUAUUUAUUUGCGAAUGCGUCUUGGUAUACAUGCAUGCUUACCAAAGUGCUGAAUUCGUGAAAACUUUGGCUACUUGGUUUGAUACAGCUGUAUUUAUUAAUUAUGAACAGGUGAAUUUGAAAGAUUCUUUUGGUGAGGUAAUGCAAAGGAACCUGCAACAGCGUGGGAUAGUGUUAGAGGGCUUGUCUUUUUGCGAAUCGCUGGAUACAGAGAAAAAUCGAUUUCUUGAAAAUGGCUGGAAUAAGGUUGCUGUUUGGGACAUGUGGGAAAUUUAUGAUAAAAUAUUACCAAAAGAAGAACGUUUGCGAAUUGAAAGGAUCGAGCUUCUUGAUGAAAAAGAGCUUUUGUCGCAACUACUGGAACAUUAUUGUAUUACUGUCGCUUACAAGCACCACUCAGAAGACUGCAUUAGUUUUGGAGAGUUUUUGUUUUCUUGA